GGGGGAGGGGCGGCGGGGCUGGACUGGGACGGACUGGGACAAACUGGGGUGGGACUGGGACAGACUGGGCUUAAACCGGGGCAGUCUGGGCUUAAACUGGGCCGGGCUGGGACGGACUGGGCUGGACUGGGAUAGUCUGGGGUGGUACUGGGGUGGUACUGGGACAGUCUGGGCUUAAACUGGGCUGGACUGUGACAGUCUGGGGUGAUACCGGGACAGUCUGAGGUGAUACUGGUCUGUACUGGGAUAGUCUGGGCCUAUACUGGGCUGGACUGGAACAGCCUGGGGUGAUACUGAGAUAGUCUCGUGGGGUACUGGGAUAGUCCAGGGUGAUACUGGACUGGGCUGGGAUAGUCUGAACUUAUACUGGGCUGGACUGGGGUACUCUGGGUUUGUACUGGGCCCUACUGGGCUGUACUGGGUUAUAGUAGGGUGUACUGGGUUAUAGUAGGGUGUACUGGGUUAUACUGGGCUGUGCCAGGCUGUACUGGGUUGUACUGGGUUAUACUGGGCUGUACUGAAUCAUACUGGGUUAUACUGGGGCCAUACUAGGCUGUACUGGGCUAUACUGAGUUGGCUAUACUGGGCUGUACUGGGUUAUACUGGGCUGUAGUGAGCUAUUCUGGGUUAUACUGGGCCGUACUGGGCUAUACUGGGCUGUAGUGAGCUGUUCUGGGUUAUACUGGGCCGUACUGGUUUAUACUGGGGCCAUCCUGGCGGUUCAGGCCGUGGAUCAGCGCUGUCAUGGAGCGCUUCGUGCUGGGGAACCGGGCAGCCCUGCAGGAUCACAUCCAGCAGCACCAGGAGAUCCAUGUGGUGAUGGGCAACGAGGCCUGUGACCUGGACUCCGCCGUCUCCGCGCUGGCCCUGGCCUAUUUCCUUGCCCAGACCACCCCAGCUCCCAAGGCCGCCUUCGUGCCCGUGCUCAACAUCCCCCGCGCCGACUUCGCGCUGCGGACGGAGACGGCGUUCCUGCUGCGGGAGCGGGGCAUCCCGGCCGCCUCGCUGCUCUUCCGGGACGAGAUCGACCUGGGGCGGCUGCACCACGCUGGGCUGCUCUCCCUGACUCUGGUGGAUCACCAUGUCCUGCCUGGUGCUGACGCUGCCCUGGAGGAGGCCGUGGUGGAGGUCCUGGAUCACCGACCACUGGAGCGGGCCCGAGGUCCCCCGUGCCAGGUGACAGUGGAGCCCGUGGGCUCCUGUGCCACCCUGGUGACCGAGAGGAUCCUGCAGGGCCCCCCGGGCGUGCUGGACAGGACCACGGCCGCGCUGCUGCACGGCACCAUCCUGCUGGACUGCAUCAACCUAAAGCCAGCUGCAGGCAAGGUCACCCCCAGGGACGUGGCCUGCGUGUCCCUGCUCGAGGAGAGGUUCCCGGAGCUGCCGCCCCGCGACGCCGUGUUCGGAGCCCUGCAUGCGGCCAAGUUCGAUGUCACAGGGCUGACAACAGAGCAGAUGCUGCGGAAGGACCUCAAAGUCCUCUCCAAUGACGAGGCUGUCGUUGCCAUCAGCGGCGUCUUCGAGGACCUGGAAACCUUCCUGCUCCGGCCUGGCCUGCUGCAGGACCUGGAGGCUUUCUGCCAGGCCCGUGGCUACGCGGGGCUGGUGGCCAUGACCGUGUCCUUUAACGAACACCACGAACCCACGCGGAAACUCGCUGUGUACAGCCCGCAGGAGCCCCUCCGCAGCACGGUGAGUCAGGGAGCCACGUUUGGGGCACACCCAGCCCUGCUUUGCCCCAGAACCUCGCAGUGUUGGGGGUGCUGGGCAGGUCCCAGCCCCUCGCUCGCUCCCCCACAGCUGUGCCGGGCGCUGGAGGAGGCGACGGCGCCGUCGCUGCUGCUGCGGCCGCUGCCCAGCCCCUGGCCCAGCGUGGCCGCCUACGCCCAGGGCAACGCCGUGGCCACUCGCAAGAAGGUGCUGCCCAUCCUGAGGGCAGCUCUGGGGGGUCUGGGGGCUGCAGGGGGCCCCGAGGAAGAGGUGGUGCCCCCACCCACGCCCAUGAACAGCCUGGUGGAGGAGUGUCCCCUGGCGCAGGCCGUGCCCCCGCUGUGUCCCCAGGAUGUCCUGGAGCGGGUCAGCCGCAUCGCCGCGGGGCAGCCCCCGGGCUCCCCAAAGUAACAGCGGGAACCCCCGCGGAGUUUUGAGGUCUGGAUGAGGAAUUGGGGUCACUGAGCAGGCCCCCGUGGGGUGCCUGGGUGUGGGGGGUGGCAGCUGUCUCUGUUAGAGGUCAGCUCGUGGUUUGUCCCCCCCUCGAUGGCUCCCUGUGCCCCAGUGGUCCCCAGGGUGGGGUUUUGGGGAUGCCAUGGGCAGGAGUUGCACCCCCUUGAUGAAGGCGUUGGGGUGGGGGAGUUAAUGAGUUCUUAAUCAUCUUAACUUCCUUGGGGGGCAGAGGGAGGCCCCAGAAGGUGGAUCCGGACAUGCAGCCGUCCAGAACUGUCACUGUUUUCCAAGGAUUAAAUUUCUCUUUUCUUCCA